ACAAUCCCUCCCCCUAUAUAAGAAGCCCCAGAACAAAGCUUUUUAAACCCACCAAAACAUUCUUCAUAGAUAGUCAUCUUUACUAGUGAUUUAGCUUCUCUUCUUAGCAAAGUGAUAAACAUAUAUAGAUAUAAUAGUUUCUUUCUGAUCAGGGAAGCAAGAUGAAAGAGAGAAAAGUAGUAGCAGAAACAAAACAAGUUGAUGAAGAAGAGAAAUGGGUUUAUGAUUCUUCAGUGGAUCAUAAAGGAAAAGUUCCUCUACGAGCUUCCACUGGUGUUUGGAAAGCGUCUCUCUUUAUUAUCGCCAUUGAGUUCAGUGAGAGGUUGAGUUAUUUUGGAAUAGCAACAAGCUUGAUUAUUUACCUGACCAAGGUCAUCCAUGAAGACCUAAAGACAGCAGCAAAGAGUGUCAACUACUGGGCCGGAGUGACCACAUUGAUGCCACUCUUUGGAGGAUUCAUAGCCGAUGCUUAUUUGGGUCGUUUCUCAACCGUUUUUGUCUCUUCCAUAAUCUACCUCAUGGGUUUGGUUCUUUUGACCAUGUCAUGGUUUGUACCUGGCUUGAAGGCUUGUGAUAGUAAUCUAUGUACUGAACCAAGGAAAAUCCAUGAAAUAGUCUUCUUCCUUGCAAUCUACUUGAUAUCGAUCGGAACGGGAGGACAUAAACCGGCUCUGGAGAGCUUCGGAGCUGAUCAAUUCGAAGAUGAUCACCCCGAGGAAAGGAAGCAGAAGAUGUCCUAUUUCAACUGGUGGAAUUUUGGUCUUUGCUCUGGACUACUAUUUGGAGUGACUUUCAUUGUUUAUGUGCAAGAUCAUGUGAGCUGGGGUGCUGCUGAUGUUGUUCUUACCAUUGUCAUGGCCGUUUCUCUGGUUGUCUUCAUUGUUGGAAGGCCGUUUUAUCGCUUUAGGAAGCCGAAUGGAAGUCCAUUGACACCAUUGUUGCAGGUUGUUGUAGCCGCCAUUAAGAAAAGGAAUCUUCCAUACCCUUCUAAUCCUGCUCACUUGUAUGAAAUUUCCAAGUCAGAUAAGUCUCAAGGAAGGCUCCUAUGCCACACCAAGAAGCUCAAGUUCUUCGACAAGGCGGCUAUCAUCGAAGACACAAACGACUCAGCUGAAAAACAAAGUCCAUGGAGACUCGCAACGGUGACGAAGGUGGAAGAGAUGAAGCUUGUACUCAACAUGAUCCCCAUAUGGAUGGCCACACUUCCCUUCGGAGUCUGCGUGGCUCAAGCCUCGACAUUCUUCAUCAAACAAGGUGUAACCAUGGAUCGAAAAGUCUGGAAUUUCGUGAUCCCACCGGCGUCGAUCUACUCUCUCGCCGCCAUCGGAAUGAUAAUCUCGGUCACCAUCUAUGAGAAACUCCUAGUCCCUGUGCUGAGAAGAACAACCGGAAACGAAAGAGGCAUCAACAUCCUCCAAAGGAUAGGUAUCGGAAUGUCUUUCUCCAUAGUCACAAUGGUUGUUGCCGCAUUGGUCGAAAAGAAAAGACUAGGACUCGUCGAAACCGACCCAGUGAAGGGUUCGCACUCCAUGAGUGUUUUCUGGUUAGCUCCACAGUUUCUUAUCAUCGGAGUGGGAGAUGGGUUCAGCAUCGUAGGAUUGCAGGAGUACUUCUAUGAUCAAGUCCCUGACUCCAUGAGAAGCUUAGGAAUCGCUUUCUAUCUUAGCGUUAUUGGAGCUGCGAACUUCCUGAGUAGUGUUGUGAUAACGAUCAUCGAUCAUGCAACCGAGAAUAGCACAGGGAAGAGCUGGUUUGGGAAGGACUUGAAUAGUAGCAGAUUGGACAAGUUCUAUUGGGUUUUGGCAGCGAUGAGUGCGGUGAACACUUGUGUGUUCGUGCUCUUGGCUCGCCGAUAUUCUUAUAAGAAUGUUCAGAAUGUUGCUGUUGCUGAUUGCUAUCGUGAAGGUGAUGAUCGGGAUAAUGAUGAUGCAGCUUCAAUGGCUUGAAAAAAUUAGUAUAGAUAUAUAUAUUAUAUGGUAUAUAUAUACUAUAUGUUUAGGUUUAUAUAUGAUUAAGCUCUUAGAAAUUAAUUCCUAUGAUUUUCCUUAUAGUGUGUUAAAAACAUAAAAAAUGAUCAAAUUAAAAUGUUGUAGUACGUUAAGAGGGAAAAAGUACAAUUAAUUAAUGUUGUAGAUCAUCACCGUGCCUGAAAUUUGUAAAGGUUUGCGUUUCAAUGGAUGUGUAUGCUCUGCUUGCUUUAGCACCA